GUCGACUCGCUCAGUCUUCACGGGGACGCUAGCGGACUCACAGUUUGCCUCGGCAAUACAUCUCAUCCCAUUUCAUACUAACGCGAGUGAGUGUAUGUGAACUUUGCAUUAACUUUGUGUUGUCAGAUUAAAAAAAACAAUUAAGGUCACAAUCGAGGCAGUUGACACCUGUUGUUUUCUCACGUUACUUGCAUAUAAAGGAAUGUGAAGCAGCGGUACAAAAUUCAAGCAAACUAGAAAUGUGUUUUAACAAAUACUUGAUUAAGCUGGCGGACUACUUUCGGUUAAGCACGUCUCGUUGAGUACACUGAGGAGAAAAAGUAUUCGAGAUGAGUUACAUCUCUAAGAUUGUAAUCAUAAAGUUACUUCUGUGCUUUUGCACGACGACAGUGUUGAGUAGAUCAUGGGCGAACCAUCACGACACUACCACGUCUACUACCCAAACAACACCGACGACUAGCUCCGUACCCAAGAAUAUUCACAAUGACCCUCUUAUUGUUGAAACUAAAAGUGGUCACGUCAAAGGUUACGCGAAAACUGUCAUGGGGCGUGAAGUACAUAUCUUCACUGGCAUCCCAUUCGCAAAACCGCCUCUAGGCCCACUAAGAUUCCGCAAGCCUGUCCCAAUCGACCCCUGGCAUGGAGUUCUCGAAGCAACCGCAAUGCCAAACAGCUGUUAUCAAGAGAGAUAUGAAUAUUUCCCUGGAUUCGAAGGUGAAGAGAUGUGGAAUCCCAACACGAACAUAUCAGAAGAUUGCCUUUACUUGAACAUAUGGGUGCCACAGCAUCUUAGAGUCAGACACCAUCAAGACAAGCCUCUUACUGAAAGGCCCAAAGUACCUAUACUAGUAUGGAUUUAUGGUGGAGGCUACAUGAGCGGAACGGCUACACUUGACCUGUAUAAAGCUGACAUAAUGGCCUCAUCAAGUGAUGUUAUAGUAGCAUCAAUGCAGUAUAGAGUGGGCGCAUUCGGGUUUUUAUAUUUAAACAAAUACUUUUCACCUGGAAGUGAAGAGGCACCUGGUAAUAUGGGCUUAUGGGAUCAGCAGUUGGCUAUACGCUGGAUCAAAGACAAUGCGCGCGCCUUUGGCGGUGAUCCUGAAUUGAUAACUUUGUUCGGAGAGUCUGCUGGCGGUGGCAGUGUAAGUCUGCAUAUGCUGUCACCUGAAAUGAAAGGAUUAUUCAAAAGGGGAAUAUUACAAUCUGGUACAUUGAAUGCUCCCUGGAGUUGGAUGACCGGAGAAAGGGCGCAGGAUAUCGGAAAGGUUUUAGUAGAUGAUUGUAAUUGCAAUAGCAGUCUUCUAGCUGCUGAUCCCAGCUUAGUCAUGGAUUGCAUGCGUGGUGUGGAUGCGAAAACUAUAUCGGUCCAGCAAUGGAACUCCUACACUGGCAUUUUGGGAUUCCCGUCAGCACCAACUGUAGAUGGUAUAUUUUUACCAAAAGAUCCUGAUACGAUGAUGAAAGAGGGACACUUUCACAACACUGAGGUACUACUUGGAAGCAAUCAAGAUGAAGGUACUUACUUUCUGCUCUAUGACUUCCUCGACUACUUUGAAAAGGAUGGGCCGAGCUUUCUGCAGCGGGAAAAGUUCUUGGAGAUUAUUGAUACAAUAUUCAAAGAAUUCUCUAAAAUAAAACGCGAAGCUAUCGUGUUCCAAUACACGGAUUGGGAAGAGAUCACAGACGGCUAUUUGAACCAGAAGAUGAUUGCUGACGUAGUCGGCGACUACUUCUUCGUCUGCCCAACGAACUACUUCGCUGAGAUCCUCGCUGACUCCGGGGUCGAUGUCUACUACUACUACUUUACUCAUCGCACCAGCACCAGCCUGUGGGGCGAGUGGAUGGGUGUGAUGCACGGAGACGAGAUGGAGUAUGUAUUCGGGCACCCUCUCAACAUGUCCCUCCAGUACCACACCCGGGAACGAGACCUGGCCGCGCACAUUAUGCAGUCGUUUACGAGAUUUGCGCUAACUGGGAAGCCGCACAAACCGGACGAGAAGUGGCCCCUGUACUCGCGGUCGUCGCCCCAUUACUACACAUACACCGCCGACAGCGCCAGCGGGCCGGCCGGACCGCGCGGGCCACGAGCCUCGGCGUGUGCGUUCUGGAAUGAUUUCCUCAACAAACUCAAUGAGCUAGAACACGUUCCAUGCGAUGGAGCGGUGACCGGCCCAUACAGUAGCGUCGCAGGGACAACACUACCCUUAGUGCUUCUCACAACAUUAGCUAUCACUGUGGGCGCGCUGUAAGCCGUUUCAUCCGCCAUUAAGGGCACACCAUUGCAACGUUAAAUAGCAAGUUUAUAAUGUAAUAUUUUUGAUCGGCAAUCACAUACUUAGAUUGUAAGGGAAAGUAGGUAUUUGAGAGGCACUGGAAUCUUAAAAGUUUUGUUUGGAUAUGAAAAAAUCAAGGCACUGAUAGGUCAAAAUGGUAAUUUUGAAUUAGAUACCUACUUGAGACUGUUUUAAGAUUUGUGUGACAUAGAGAAGGGUGGUCCAAUAACAACGUUCUAAGAAACUGAUUUCUCGCUUUGAGGUCGAUUAUUGUUAAACGUUUCAUUUUACAGAUUUCUAUUAGGUUUAGAUCUUGCAUUUAGGAAAUUGUAUUUUGCCUAUUCUUACAACUGCGUUCAUUAAUUGCUCGAAACGAAAUUUUAUGAGGUAAUAAAACAAUUAACUUAAAUUAAUUUAUUAUGUGAUUUUAGUGUUUGAAUCAGGUGUAUGCGUAAUCACCUUAAUGCGUAAAAUCAGUUGGUUAGCGUCAAUUCUGGAUACAAAGACACACGGAAAUGUAAUGUAAUGUAAAAUGAAAAGUUGGACAUAUUUGUGGACAUUUAAAAUAUCUAAUUGUAUCAUCUAAAGUUUUAGGCCGAUUUGUAUAUUUAGGCUUUAGCCAGAAGAAUUUAGGGGAAUUUAUUCUAAAACAAAAUAUUUUAUAGUCUCUGUAUUUACUUGUAAGGUGUAGGCCGCUUAAGUGAAUUAGCUGUCACAAUGUUCCUCUACCUAGUAGAAUACUUAGGUAUUGUUGUCUAUCAAAAUUAUGUUCAUAGUUAAGUAUUAUGUCUAUAUUAAGGUGUAAUAUAUUAAGGUACGAUUUGAAGAGAGACGACGUAGAUUAGACGAAUCCCGCUUGAAAAUGCUGUUGAAAAUGAAAAAACUGUGAAAACAGUUAACUGUCGAUAAAAUGAUGUUCUUUGAUUUUUUUUUAAUUCUAGUACACAAAAUACUAUAUACCUGUUUUUCAACUUGUUGUGAAAGGUAAAAAUAGGAAAAUUAGCUAUACUCAGAUCAGCUGAUACUAAAUGGUUUGAAAAGAAUGAAGAAUCCUAGCACGAGAAGUAUAAAAAUUUCUCUAUAAGAUUUUCUUCGAUUACUUGUCACAGUGUAUAAUUUAAAGAUUUUUUCAUUUAAAUAACAAUGUUACCUUUACUUCCUCGUAUAAUUGCAUUGUAUAAUCAGAAAAUAUAUUAUAAAAACGUAUUUCGAGUAAAUUUUUUAUAUUUGGUCGAGAGUUAUCAAUGCUGAAAUUUGCGACAGUCUUGUCUCGUCGCGUCUUUUCGAAUCGUACCUUUAGGUUAUCUAGAAAGAUUGUCUACACAUCGGCUUUGACUGUUGAAGCGAUGCGAUGCUCAGCUUAGACAAGAUAAUUUCAAUUAUAUAUUAUCACUAUACAUAUCAAUGUGUGCCUCUGCUUGGAUAGCAAAUGAUACAUAUCUUAAUUAGAGCAAAAUUUUAGAAUUUUAUAUAAUAAUAUAUUACAUUAUACUAUACGUAUAGAUGGGUGUACGUUGUGAGACGAAUUUUUAUCAAUAUAUUUACUAUAUAGGAUGCUAUUGACUUGAACCACUUGAGGAUCUUAUGAAAUCCAAUUCUUAUGACUUCAAACAAAUAAUAACUAUAUUUUGUAAAUAAUCCCUUCUUAUAAGUUAGGCGCGAUGUCCCGAUAUUGUAAACUUUUCUAUGUAUGAAUGAUAUAGAUAUUAUGAUUAUAAAUUAGUAUAUAAAAAUACUAUAAAUUAUCUAACUUAUAAUAAAUAGUACACGCAUUUUAUAUAUUUACGAAGUUUGAAUAGCACUGCCUACAAUAAAAUCCAUCGUAGCGUAGUCAGUGCUUCCUUAUAUGGUAAGCACUGAAUACAGUAUCUGGGCGCACGGUAGUUUAGUAACCAAGUACUGUAACUACAGGAACAUUUAAUAGGAAACUGAAUACAAAAUUACCAGAAGCGAAUUUACUGUACCAAUUUCAAUUAUGAAUUAAGUUUAUCACUUUGUCUAUCAUAAUAUAGUAUUAAAAUGGAGAAUAUACUAGGCAGUAAUAUCCAUAUUUAUAUUUUGAUUUCACUGCGAUGUGGGAAAAUACAUUUUUAAUAAUGGAUCAUGAUUUUCAAUAAUGGUUAAAACCAUAGGUAGGCAGUGUAUUUAUGCAUAUAUGAAGAACACGCUACUAAAUAUCUUCACUCUGAUACGGUGUACAGACCUUUUUUCUAAUUGAAAUUACAAUCAAAAUCUUUGGAAAAAAAACUGUACAGUUAAUACUGCACAGUUAAAACUGAAGGUAUGUAGCUCUUAUUAAGCUCUUUAACAUAUAAUGUUGUCACAUGUAGUGGCGUUGGUAAACCUACGAGUAAUGGGAACUUCAGCGACAUUAGAAAAACAAAUUAAAUUUCAGGACUAUUUAGGAAGGGCCAGCGACUUCAUUCGCGUGGAAUUCAGUUUUUCACAAAUUCCGCGGUAUCCAUAUUUUUUUCUGGAAUGAAAAGUAACCUAUGUAUUAAUCCAGAGGAAAAUCUAUUUCCAUUCCAAAUUCCAGCCAAAUUGCUUCAGUAGCCGAAGCGCAAAGGUCGAACAAACUUACUUAUGCUUACUCGCACACUUACACGCAAACAUCUUUUAUGAUAUUAGUGUGAUGAAAUGAUGACGAUGCCCACAAAUCGUAACUGCCUAUAUGACAAACCGGUCGCUUCCGCUUGCUGCUCUGGUUGCUCACAUCUUCACUUAAGUGGUGACACAUGUGAGCAAAAAAAUGUCGUAAUACAUGAAAACAACCAGGACGUUGCUACUACAAAAAUGGUUAGAGGCUGAAUAGGAGAAGAGAUUGAAGCAAGAACUAAUAAAAAUGGUGUUAAUCUUAUUGAAGUCUAUCAUGGCCGUGAUCGUAAAAAAUUUCCGUCGAAUUGACUUAAUCUAUUGCAUAAUAAUGCUUUAAAUGGAAAAUCAUCUUAUGAAUUUAUGAAAAAAAUUAAAAACAUGGUAUUUGUAAAAUGAAAACAUUAGUGAUAAAAAUAUUUAUAUGCGGUUGUCAAUUACUAUCUUCGAUUGGAUUAAAAAUAUAUGAAAUAUAGUUAUCUACCCAAUUGAUUUACACAACUCAAUGAUAUAAUAUGAACCAUAGAUGAUAAAAUGCAAAUCAUUUCUAACUAUUGUAUUUAAAAUAGUAUUGCUAUCUAGUGCAAGUUUUGUAGUUUUUACAAAUAAACAGACUAAGCGUUUGCAUGCACAUAGUAGUGUUAUUUUUUACAGGCAUCUGUAAUCUGUAAAGGAAAAGUAUUUCACGGAACGUUAUCCUUCACAAGUGUAUGUUACAUAUGCACAUGUUAUUAUGCGAAAAACACGGUUAUCUCUUACCAAAAUUUCUAAGAAAUGUUAAAAUUAAGACACAUUUUUGAAACGUGGUAUAAGUUGUUUGUAUAUUUACAAAACCAAAUUAACAAUUUUGAAAGAGUCCAUUUAAGCCAAACUAAAAACCGUGUGUUUGGCUAAAUAUACGACUUUUAUGUUAAAAAUUAAUUUAAUAUGAAGAUAUCUCCCGAUUAGUAUGUCCUUUUUAUCUGAUUUAUUAAAAUGCGAUAAAAUCUAUUUACUUUGAUUUAAUGAAUGAAUUGAAUGAGGUCUUAUAUAAAAAAGUUUAUAAAGUUUACCAAUCAAUGAGACCGCCAAUGUGCAUUAAAAACAUUGUGCACGUGUAACAAUAAAAAUAUAUUGUACAAGUUCUGAUACUAGAAGAAUGCACCAACUCGCUUUUUUGUCGAAUAAAGCACAAUAUGAAAAGUUGUAUGGGAUAGCUUUAAUUAGUUAAAAAUAAGAUGUAAAGUGAUAAUAAAAAUAGUAAUACUUACCAUAAUUAUAAUUACUUAAUUCAAAAUAGACAGCAUUAAAUUAUGUAAAACCAAUAAAGGUUAAACAUAUUUGAUAGAAAUGACCCAAAUCUAAUUUGACUAAACUAAAUUCAAAGAUCUGACAACGACCCUAAAAAUCCAUAACUUAAAAAUAUGUUUUCUUAAAAAAAUAUAUUUAUGAUUAAAGGUACAGUAACACUAAACAAAUAAUGUCAUAUUUUUACGACCACUUACAUAUCGAAUACUAAUCUAUUUAUUUCUUUGAAUGCAUAAUAUAUCCAUUGCAUUUUCAAAUUGAACUAUAUUUCAAAUAACAAAAAGUAACUACUAUAUAUAGCAUACCUAAUAUUAACGUACUAAUUGCAUACAAUCAGCUCUAUUCGCCAUAUUAAGCUGGGUUGUUCUACGCAUGCUACAAGUAUGUUUCUGCGUAUAAUCAGCUUUGCAGGACAAUGAGGACGAAUUUUUUGCAGUGACGGUAAAUAGCAUACCGAUACUCGCACUUUACCGUCGACAGAUUUUUAUUAAAUAUCAGCAGAAUCUUCUUUUUAGUGUGGGACCGCGCUAAGAAGAAGAAGAAGAUCAGCAGAACCUCGCGGUUUCACCCUUAAAGAUUGUUAUAGUGGUGAUACGGGGGAAAAAUUUUUAUUUGGGAAAAAAAAUCCAAAUCCAAUAGUUUUGUGUUUAGUAAAAAUUUUGCCUCUUUAUUUUUAUUAUUAGUAUAGAUGAAUUCUACUAUAAAGUACGUUUUAUAUCUACCGGGAUCUUCCUUUUUUGUUUUUUUUGUAUUUUCUAUUUCAUAUUAAGCUUCUAUCACCAGAAUAUAAAUAAAAAAUUAAAUAAUACGCGCAUACUUGUACAACGAUAUUCCACCUAUGUAUUAAACAAAUCGCAAAUAGAGCUGAAUGGAUGUUGAGUCUCCUACUCGUAAACAUGUGUUUAGUUUACGUUUAAUAAUUUAGUGAUCUGUAGGGUAAUAUAAAUAAUAUCGUAAGUUUAAUUUUAGGCCUAAUGGAAUGUAAAGAAUAUGAGUUUGGCGUAGUCAUAAGCCAAUAUAAUUUCUUGUUAUGUGUGUAUAUUGAUUGAAUGUGGUUUCCAUUUGUCAUAAUAAAAUUUUUAUAAUUUCGAAACAUUUAGAUAUUAAUUAAAUAAAGUGUAGUUUUUAAGCGGUGUCUAUAUUGUUUUUAUAUUUCACAAAAUAUUUAACUUGCACCCAGUUUCGUUGUAUAGAUUAGGUGUAAUUUUAGUAUAUAAGAUUAAGAUAGCAAAUAGUGAUCGAAGUAUUAAAUAUCAUCCUAUAUGACAUAUUAUUGCCAAAUAAAAUUGGGUUAUUUAUUUGGAUCGUUUAACAUUAAUAUAAUUGAUAAAAAAAUAUUGUUAAAUAUAAAGUUUAUUUUAAUAAAUAGAUUCAUAUUUUAAAAAUUUAUUUAUUUACACGAAAUUGUAAUUCCUAAUAAUCUGAAAAUGUUAUGAAUGGUAUUAUCCUUAAACAGAAAAUAAAUGUGUAGAUUCUUAGAGAAAGUUGUUUGUUAGUAAAUGUUAAAUGUUUUUGUGUAAAAAAAGCUUUUUAUAUGUUGUCCAAAAAUAAUCGAUGUCUGUAUUAGAACGGCUUGCAAUUAAAAUUAUAACUGCAACUGCGACCUUAGACUUUAUAAUACUAGUAAAAAUAUAUUUUACAAUUUGUUAAUGUACGCCGUAUGCCGUAGAUAUCGUAAAUUUUAUGAUAAUUAUUUAUGAAAAAGAUUUUCUUGGGACACGAAGUAAAAUACAAAAAUGAAUAUUUGUUAUGCCUAGCUGCAGAAUAUAUUGUUUACAACAAGUGUGCGAAUUAAAUAUCGAUCAAGUGGAUUCUUGUAUAUUUUAUUACUAAAAGAAUAUCCAAAGGUGUUCAGAGGCAAUUUCAAUGUUCAUUGCAUAUUACUUUUCAUCUCACGGCCAGAAAAAAGAAAUAAAAAAAAUAACAAUUAUUCAAACAAUUCAAAUUCGAAUUAAAGUCACUUUCUAUGCUGGCAGAUAAAUUAUAAAAAAAAAGUCUUUCUGAGCUCCUGAGAUGAAAAGGUACUUUAACAUAUUGAUCCAACAAAACGAUAUGUUUAAUCAUAUUAAUAUUAUAAUAUUUUAAAUAAAAAAAAAAAACUUACCUACUUCUAUUUAUUAUUAACGUUGAUAGUGUAAACAGUUAAAUUUCUACAAUCAUAAUGGUUUUAUUAACUCUGUAACUUACAACAUUUCUUUUAAAUCAUUUAAGCAGCAUCGCUUUCAAUUUCACGCAAAAUUUACACAGAAUGACUAUAAUUAUAAAUUAUUUAAAUUUAAAUAAUUUCUGCUAAGAUAUUUGGAUUUAAAUUAUUUACGUUAUCAGUAACUGGAUAUUAUUAAUUUAUUACAUAUUUCUUUUUUAUUGAAAAAUUUCGUAAAACAUUAAUAAUAUUUUCUGUAUUAAUUAAUUAAAUGUAAUUUUUUUAGUAUUGUAAAAACUCUAUAUUUCGACACACAAGAAUACUCUGUAUCAUAAAAUAUUUGAAAUAACUACUAACUAUUCUUGUAUUAUCUGGUAGUUAGGUGUUGCUUAAACAUUAGGUGCUAUGUAAUGUAUACAUAUCGGCGUGCACUUACUCAUAAAAAUACCAAUUAAAAAGUGAAAUGCAAAUGACAUUGACAAUAUCUGUUAAUAAUUUUGGAUUUCAAUAAGUAUGGUGUGCUGUAACGCUUUUAGGUCUAUCUCUGUUGAUAUAAAUAUUUUCUUACAUAUAACAUUUAGUUGAUAAUAGAAAAUUAAAGAAAAAAUAUAAUUUAAAAUUUUGUGAUGUACAGUUAACAACGCUAUGAAUGGAUUAUGUAUAUUCAUAUCUUGAAUAAAACCUUAACACAGACCCAAUCAGCGAAUAUAACUGAUAUAUUAUUCUACUAUAUAUGACUCCAAGAAUACAUUAAAAAUGAACAGACUGAAAUCUCGGCAUGUCAAUAUUUAAACAGAAGCACUACCUAUUGUCAAAGAAGAAUUUUAUUUUAUAAAAAAUGAAAUAUCCAAAAAAUAUGCAUAAAAUUAUCAUAAUUAUUCUUGACUUAUUUAGAACUUGGCGUUAUACUGUCAUGCGCCCAGAUUCUAUUAAAAUAUUAAUAAUAAAAACUAGGAAGUACUAUUGGAGUAUUAUAUAUUUCGUCUUUAUACUAAUUGUUUUUUAUUUAUUAAUUUAUUUAUCUUAUUUAUUGCCUUACGCGUAUUUAACUGUACAUGCGCAUUCGAUUAAGAAUUUUAUAAUAUUUAUUUAAUAGUACCUAGAUGAUUUUUUUUCCCGAAAUAUUUUAGACUUAAAUAGUUUUGCUUUGAAUUUAAAGUACCUAACAUAAUUAUCUUUAUUCGGACAAUUAUUCAAUAAAUUUUAACUAUA